AUGAAAUUCUUCAACUCUACUCUUAUCGCUGUUGCUGUUGCUACUGCUGUAGCUGCCCAGAGAGCAAACAUUGGUUUCCCUACCAACGGCACUGACGUUAUCGCGGGAAAGGACCUCUUGAUCGAAGUUGACCGUCCCAACUUCCUGUCUAGCGCAGUCGAAGUCGCGAUAGUGCUCGGCCUCACUAGCUGUGCGUCCUAUCCCUGUGGUGCACCCUCUGAGAGAGGAGUCGGGAGAAUCUUGUAUAGCGGGCCUUUCAAUCCUCAAUAUAAGCUCGACUACCCUCGCCUUCCUCCCCACCAGAACUUCACGGUUAGCAUCCCAGGUGAUUUGGCGAAGGGUAUGGCCCAGAUCUCUUUGACGCAGUUUGAUUUGGUUGGGGCGUCGCUUAUCCCCUCUACAUCCUACGAUACGAUAUAUGUCAACGUCGUUUAA